UUCUUGCUGCUGCUUUUAUAAGAUACCUUGGUCUUAUCUCUUGAAGAGCAGUGAACAAGACUGAAAACAUGGAGCGAAGGAACCACAGUGGGAGAGUGAAUGAAUUUGUGUUGCUGGGUUUCCCAGCUCCUGCCCCAUUGCGGGCGCUAUUAUUUUUCCUUUCUCUGCUGGCCUACGUGUUGGUGCUGACUGAAAACACACUCAUCAUUGCAGCAAUUAGGAACCACCCCACCCUCCACAAACCCAUGUAUUUUUUCUUGGCUAAUAUGUCAUUCCUGGAGAUUUGGUAUGUCACUGUUACAAUUCCUAAAAUGCUUGCUGGCUUCCUUGGUUCCAAGGAGAACCAUGGACAGCUGAUCUCCUUUGAGGCAUGUAUGACACAGCUCUACUUUUUCCUGGGCUUGGGUUGCACAGAGUGUGUCCUUCUUGCUGUGAUGGCCUAUGACCGCUAUGUGGCUAUCUGUCAUCCACUCCGCUACCCUGUCAUUGUCAGUAGCCGGCUAUGUGUGCAGAUGGCAACUGGAUCCUGGGCUGGAGGUUUUGGUAUCUCCAUGGUUAAAGUUUUCCUCAUUUCUCGCCUGUCUUACUGUGGCCCCAACACCAUCAACCACUUUUUCUGUGAUGUUUCUCCAUUGCUCAACUUGUCAUGCACUGACAUGUCUACAGCAGAGCUUACAGACUUUAUCCUGGCCAUUUUUAUUCUGCUCGGGCCGCUCUCUGUCACUGGGGCCUCCUAUAUGGCCAUCACAGGUGCUGUUAUGCGCAUCCCCUCAGCUGCUGGCCGCCAUAAGGCCUUUUCAACCUGUGCCUCUCACCUCACUGUUGUGAUCAUCUUCUAUGCAGCCAGUAUUUUCAUCUAUGCCAGGCCUAAGGCACUCUCAGCUUUUGACACCAACAAGCUGGUCUCUGUACUCUAUGCUGUCAUUGUACCAUUGCUCAAUCCUAUCAUCUACUGCUUGCGCAACCAAGAAGUCAAAAGAGCCCUACAUCGCACUCUGCACUUGACCCAGGGCCAGGAUGCCAAUAACAAGAAACCCAACAGAGAUGGUUAG